AUGUAUUGGAUUCUCUUUCAUUUUCUGUUGCCGUUAACUGUUUGGUGUCAAGAAGCUGAAAGAAUUCUUGCGAACAAUGGAACUGAUGAGGAGAAUCAUUUCACUUCUAAAACAACUCCGAACACCAAUCCACUUUUAUUGUCAAAUUCUACUGAUGGGCUCUACGAUUCCAGAGGUAAUUCUAGGGUGAAUCGUAGAAUAGGUCCCCACCUUUUCAUGGUCAGAAAUCUUGUUGGUGGGGAGCUAAAAUUGAGUUGGCACGUGGGGCACGAAUACCCUAUGAUGGGAAAAAGGCCCCCGACUCUAUUAAAACUGCCCUCAGUCAAGAAAUAUUUCAGUCCUCACAUACUCAUUUUAAGUCGAGUGGGGACUUGGGGCCUGUUUUACGAUCAGGCCUAUAUCUAACCCAAGAAUUUUUAGGCAAACUUCGUGUAAAACUCGGCCAUAUCGGUGCUUUCGGUGCUCUUCGAAACGAUGUGAAAAUCCUCGAAGUUUCUCACAAAUCUUUGCGCGACGAAGGAAUUCUUGAUGAUGAUUUUGAUAUCGAGUAUGAAUAUUUUCUCAAAUAUUAUCUCAAAAUAAAUAAAAAAAUUUCCAGCAUCAUUUCUCAAAACGGUUGUGGUGAAUCGUAUGAAGGAGUGGCUGUUGCAGCAGACAUGUACCAUCUUCAAAAAGUCAAAAUCUUCAUUGGUCCCUAUUGUAAUGCUGAAAUGGAUGCUGUCGCAAGAAUGGCAGCGUUCUGGAAUAUUCCAAUUAUUGGUUAUAUGGCUGCGUCAAAUGCGCUGGCUGAUAAAAAUGCCUAUCCGACUUUGGCCCGAAUUUCGGUUAGUGUUGAUUAGGAAUUUAGGGCCUUAAGGACCUAAAGGCGGUUAAACAGCUAUUCCGGUUGAUUGAGACCACCCACGAAGUCUCUGACUCUAAUAAAGCUCAAAUCUUACUAUACGCAGAAUUGCGUCGCGGAGUUUGCACACACCAAUCCUUGGAGGCAAUUUGAAAUUUUGAAAACACAACAUGUGUAGAUCUCCAGAACUUCUAAAAAUUCUCCAGAAAUUCUGAAAAUUCUCCAGAUGCGAACCACAAAUUCAAUUGCCGAGGCAACUUGUGCAAUGCUUCGCCACUACGGUUGGCACAAAGUUGCGAUUGUCACAAAUACCGGAACAACCGCAUAUGACCGCGUUGUUUCAUUCGAAGAAGUAUUUCAUUCUCGUGGCAUCACAGUCAUCAAGAAAAUCAUGUUCGACGAGUUCGCCGAUCAGAAAGCUAUGGUCGCUUCAGGUCUGCUCAAUGACUUGAGAAACACCGCAAGAGGUAAACUAUAAAUUACUAACCUAGAACAAUAUUUUAAAAUCCGAACUUUCAGUCAUCGUCUGUUUGUUUUCGAAUACCCGUGAAAGUUCUCGCGAAUUUUUAUCGGCUGCAAAUUCGCAAGGAAUGUCUGUCAACGAGUUCGCCUAUAUAUUUCCAUGGCUUCAAGAUGGCGGAAAGGAUAUUGCGCCGUGGACAGGAACUGAUGGAUCAAUGAUGCAAAAAGUCAAGGAUCAAUAUGCCAAUGCGAUUAUCGUAUGUGUUUUUUCUCAACUUUAUAUUUCGAAUCUUCAUGUUUUUUCAGAUCGACGAUGUCAAUAGUUUCGACAACACCAUCAUUGGACCAUUCCUCGAAAGAAUCAAAGAUGUUGGUCUCACUGAAGCCGAUGUUGAUAUUGCCAACAUCUAUGGAUAUCUUUAUUUGUUCGAUGCUCUCAAAUUAUACGCGCUUGCUGGUAGAAAAGUUCUAAAUGAGACUGGAAAACCAGAAAACCUGAUGAAUGGCAAGUUAAUGUGGCAGAAUAUGCGAAAAAUCAAAUUUGUUGGAAUGGUUGGAGCGUCUGGAAUCGCAUCCGGAAUUGUAACAAUGGAUGAUCGAGCUGAAAGAGCACCGCUUUAUCGUGGAUUCUUUGUCAGUCCUAAUAGUGAUCAAGUCACACCAAUGGUGCAUAUGGAACCAACAAUGCUUGAUAAUUGUGAUGGACUUGCCAAUCGAUCGGGAUGUUAUGAGAUUAUUGUCACCGAUAUUAUGCGAGAUUUCUGGCCAUCAAUCGAUCGAAAAAUGCCGAAAGAUGAGCCAGAUUGUGGAUUCCGUAAUGAAAAAUGCGAUUAUACACUUAUUAUUAUCGGAGCUGCUCUGGUUUUAGUCUUCAUUAUUGCGGCAAUCUCCGCAUUCUUUGUUCAGAAACUUUUGUAAGUUAUUAUAGUAUAAUAUGAGUCAUAUUUUAUUACUAUUGCAGGGAGAAAAAGGCUUUGGAUAAGCUGCCAUUCCGGAUUUAUAGAGAUGAUCUGCAGUUUAUUGACGAGGAACAAUUGAAAAGUAUGCUGUCGUUGGGAAGUACAAGAACAAAAAUGAGCAAUAUGAAUUAUGGUGCUAGAAAUCAUGCGAUUGUUGGAACAAAUACUCAUGCAAUUUAUCAUAAAUAUCCCCAACGUCGUCCAAUUAUUUUCAGUCGCGCGGAUAAAACACUUCUUCAAUUGAUGAAAACCGCAGUUCACGAUAAUAUCAACCCAUUUUUGGGGAUGGUUUGGAAUGAACGAGAGGAAAUGUUAUUGAUUUGGAAGUUUUGCUCGCGAGGAACACUUCAGGAUGUCAUUUACAAUGAUAAUAUUCAAUUGGAUGCCAAGUUCCACGGUGCAUUUAUUCGAGAUAUUCUUGCGGGACUUGAAUAUUUGCAUGCAUCAAUGAUCGGAUAUCAUGGUUCACUUUCGCCUUGGGCAUGUUUGAUUGACAGAAAUUGGAUGGUUAAACUCACUGAUUACGGAAUUGCUGACCCUUUGGAGAGAUGGGAAAAACAACAAGCGAUUUCGAAAGACGCGUUGACAUCUGACGAAGACAAAUCGCAAGCGACUCAAUCAACAAGUAUUCUUUAUGAAGCUCCGGAAAUGCUCAAAAAUCGGGAGAGUAAUAGAACUCGAAGAGUUGAUCAGGAUUGGCUUCGGCAAACUUCUGCGAGAAGACAGUUGGGAGAUGUUUAUGCUUUUGGUUUGGUUAUGUAUGAAAUCAUUUUCCGUGCAACACCAUUCCCAGAGGGAACCAAUUUGAUGGGUAAUUUUUUUUUAAUUUUUAAAAGAACACCACAGUAAAGUGGAGUUUUUUUCAGAACUUGUUGAAUGGCUUCGCGAUGGAUCAAAGACUGUGAAACCGACAAUUGCUCAAAACAAAGUUCUGAAUAUGGAUCUGACCGCUCUUAUUCAAGAUUGCUGGAACACUACGCCUGAAAUGAGACCAUCACUUCGAAGAAUCAAAUUGAAUGUCGAAACAUAUCUCAACAUCAAGGGAUCAUUGGUCGAUCAAAUGACAAGAAUGAUGGAACAAUAUGCGAAUAACUUGGAAAAACUUGUCGCCGAAAGAACCGGAAUGUUAGAAGAGGCGAAUCAACGAGCUGAUCGUUUGUUGAGUCAAUUGCUACCCGCCUAUGUUGCGAAUGAAUUGAAACUCGGAAGAUCUGUGCCACCAAAAACAUUCAGCAGCUCAACAGUUUUGUUUAGGUAUGGGUGUUUAAAGGUGUUUAUUGCUGUAAUAUACAAUAUAAAUUUUCCAGUGACAUUGUCGGCUUCACAGAUAUGUGCAAACACGCAACUCCAAUCGAAGUUGUUUCAGUGUUAAACGGUAUUUUCGAUGGUUUUGAUCAAUUCAUCGCAAGAAAAGAUGCGUACAAAGUUGAGACAAUUGGAGAUGCUUAUAUGGUUGUAUCAGGUGUUCCCGAAGAAAACGGCCAUCGUCAUAUCAAUGAGAUCGCUUCGAUUGCUCUCGAUGUUCAUAAAUUCCUCUCCGAAUUCAUUGUUCCACACAAACCAGACACUCGUGUUCAAUGCCGUCUCGGUUUCCAUACCGGCCCCGUCGCUGCAGCUGUCGUCGGUCUCAACGCACCCCGUUAUUGUCUCUUCGGUGACACCGUCAACAUGUCAUCUCGAAUGGAAUCGAACAGUGAUCCAGGCCGUACACAAAUCUCCGAGGCUGCCAAAAACCUUCUCCAAAAAGAAUAUCCCGACUACGUUUGUGAACAACGCGGUGAAAUUCCCAUCAAGGGCAAAGGACUUUGUAUGACUUAUUGGUUGAUGGGAACCAAAUCGGAGGGUUCUGGAUUCAGUGGAAACUAUAUGGCACCAUCGGCGAAGUCCGGAGGAACUGGAUUCACUGGAAUGCUGGGCAACGCCGUCAACGAUUAUUCUCUCAAUGUCAGAAAUCCAACCGGAUUGCAACGUUAA